UUCAUCACUGGAAACUAAAACGUUUGAAAAAAAUUUGCAGAUGUGUUCUUGAGUAGCAUUGCUUUGUUUGGAUUCAGAAGGGAAGACAUUUACUCCAAACUAACUCUGACAUCGCCAACUAAAAUUACUUUUAGACAGUGUAUUGGAGCGACAUGUUUUUUACAAAUCUAAAGAUGGCACUCCUUAUAUUUCAUCUGCUUGUAAGCAGCAGCACAGCCAGCGCUCAGUAUUGUUCAGCGGAUAUCAGCAGUCAUACAAAAACUAUGUGUCCCACAGGAUGGGCUUCAUAUAACAACGCCAGCUGUUAUCUGUACGUAGCCACCACGCUAUCUCACAGUGAAGCCGAGGCGCACUGUCAAAGUUACUCCAAGCCUGGAGCCCCUGUUCACCUUGCCUCCAUAGGCAGCAAGGAGGAAAACACCUUCAUCAGGGAUGCAAACCCCCUGCCGAUGGUAGCCUUUGACAGCCAGUGGAUCGGCUACGUCCAGGAUCAGCAAACAGGCCAAUUUGUUUGGACAGACGGGAGCCGAGGCAAGUACGACAAUUGGUUCAUAAGGCAGCCUAGUCAGGGCCCCGAGGAGCACUGCAUCAGCAUGUUCAGCCUGUCUGGUACCUGGAAUGAUGAUGACUGUGACAAAGCUUUCAAAUUCAUUUGUAAGAUGCAUCUGCGAGUUUCCCAUCUUCACAUUUGAGAUAGGAGGCCGGUAGUCAAACUCUCCUCAACUCCAGCAAGAGACGAUACUGACAGUUUUACACCAAGUAAUGUACACUUAACCCUC